AUGUUGUUUCGCAAAUUUUGUUUUGUACCACAUUCGUUGGAAUGUGGCGGCGACGCUUGCUGUUUCAUUGCAUUGAACUCGUCACUGAUCGUUAUUGUUCGCGAAGGCUUGGCAGCCGUAUGGGGUUCAGUAUAUUUGGAUGCACAUGGUGAAGAAGACCGAAAUCUUAGAAGAGGUAAACCGCUGUUCUUAUCGGCGCGCCGUGUUGAUUGUCUCCGAAGUGAUUGGGCCGAGCAAGAAUUCGAACGAACUGGUGCCACAUGGUCAACAAUGGCUGGACUUCAGCAAAUACUGAAGGACGCUCACCUUUUCCGGUGUUACACCUUUACUAAUCGCGUGUUUUAUAACAGGAUUGGUUUUUUUGUUUAG